UCCAACGGCAGCAGCGGGGCCGGGCCGGGGCCAUGGCCGAGGGCAGGAGUGGCAGCGCCGGGCUCUUCGCCAGGCAGGUCCAGAAGCGCUUCAGCCGCGCCCAGGAGAAGGUUUUGCAAAAAUUGGGCAAAACGGUGGAAACCAAAGAUGAGCAGUUCGAGCAGAGCGCCUACAACUUCCAGCUGCAGCAGAACGAGGGGCACAGACUCUACAAGGACCUCAAGGGGUUCGUGGGAGCCGUGAGAGUGAUGCACGAGAGCUCCCGCAGAGUGGCCGAGACGCUGCAGGAGAUUUACAGCCCUGAGUGGGACGGGCACGGGGAGCUCCGAGACAUCGCAGAAAGCAAUGACCUCCUGUGGGAUGACUACGAGGCGAAGUUGGCCGACCAAGCCCUGCGGCUCAUGGAGAAUUACCUGGCUCAGUUCGGGGACUUUAAGGAGCGCAUCGCCAAGCGGGGCAGAAAGCUCGUGGACUACGACAGCGCCCGGCACCACCUGGAGGCUCUGCAGAGCGCCAAGAAAAAGGACGAGGCCAAAAUCGCCAAGGCUGAGGAGGAGUUCAACAAAGCCCAGGCCGUGUUCGAGGACCUGAACAGGGAACUGCGGGAGGAGCUGCCGGUCCUGUACGGCAGCCGCAUCGCCUGUUACGUCACCGUUUUCCAGAACAUCUCCAACCUCCGAGACGUCUUCUACAAGGAGAUGAGCAAGCUCAACCGGGACCUGUACGAGGUGAUGAGCAAACUGGACAAGCAGCACUCGAGCAAGGUGUUCAUCAUCAAAGGUGUCCCCAGUAACCGCCGCUCUCUGGUCAUCUCCGCCCCCGUGAGCCCCCCGGCAAUGUUCCCCUGCCCGGACAAGGCGCCCGUGCUGGACGCGGAGGUGACACCGGGGUCCCCCGGCGGGGACAACGCUGCCCCCGAUGCCAACGGGGACCUGGGCGCUGUUUCCCCCGGGCCCCCCCCGGCCUCACCCGCCAGCGGGGGCUCCCUGGACACGGAGUCGGUGUCCAGCGAGGAGACCGCGGAGCCCGGCCGCGACAAUGAGCAGGGGACAUCGGUGACAGUGGCGGUGUCCAGCGAGGAGACCGCGGAGCCCGGCCGCGACAAUGAGCAGGGGACAUCGGUGACAGUGGCGGUGUCCAGCGAGGAGACCGCGGAGCCCGGCCGCGACAAUGAGCAGGGGACAUCGGUGACAGUGGCGGUGUCCAGCGAGGAGAGCCCGGAGCCCAUCUCCGACCCCGGCUCUCUGUCCCCUGGUCAGGAGACAUCGGCGACAGCCGCGGAGCCGGGGGGUGGCAGCGGGGCGUGCGGGGGUGCCGAGGGCAUCGCCACCUCCCUGGCGUCACUGAUUUUAUCCGAGGCCAUUGCCCAGGCCACCGGCACCUUGUCACCAGAGCCGGGAAAAGCCGCGGAGCCGGCAGGGGACAGCACGGCCAGCAGCGCUGAGGCUCGGUCCCCCUCCGGUGUCCCCUGCCAUGGCCUCGGUGCCGCGGGGGUGGCACCGGCGUGUCCCCGGGAGCCGUGCCAGCUCGGCGGUGAGCGGGGACAGCGCGGGGACACCGAGCACGGCGCGGAGGUGACGGAUGUGGAGCCACAGGGCUGUUCCGGGACACCGGAGCAGGACACGAGCCAGGACACGAACCGGGACCCCCCAGGUGCUGCAGAUCCCCCUCAGGAUCCCCCCGAGCUCAUCAGCACCCUGUGAUCCCGCAGGAAACGCGGCAUCUUCCCCAAAUUCAUUCCCCAGAAUGCAUUUCCCAGCCCUCAUCCCCCCC